GGGGGGAGGGUGUUGGAUGGAGGGAAUAUUAAAAGUCACGGGCUGUGGGUGGAUGAGACCGUUUUAACAAGAGAGGAGGUGGGGAAGCAGAAUAAGUUUUUAUCUCUACUGAGAGAGAGAGUCACUUUUGGAGCAGGACAUGGCUCCCUCAGACAGGACCCUGGACUGUAGACCCUUCAAGGAGCGGCGUAGCUUGGCAAUGAGGAGAAAUGAAGUAAUCAACAUUCGUAAUAAAUAUCCCAGCAAGCUACCGGUGAUUGUGGAGCGAUACCCAAAGGAGAGAUCCCUACCUCAUUUAGACAAAUCCAAGUACCUUGUACCUCUGGAACUCAGUCUAUGUCAGUUCAUGAUGAUUAUCAGGAGUCGAAUGUCAGUCUCAUCCAGCCAAGCCUUCUACAUGAUGGUGAACGACAGGAGUCUGGCAAGUAUGUCUCUGACCAUGGCUGAGAUCUACGCCGAGUACAUGGAAGAAGAUGGCUUUCUCUACAUGACAUAUGCCUCCCAGGAAAUGUUUGGCUGCUCUCUGUGAUGGCUACCCCUGACGACUUUGACCAGGAAACUGAAUUAAACCAGACUGUUUUAUUUUC